AUGCUGAAACAAGGUACUAUUGCAAGGCUUUUCAAAGAGGAAGCAAGGCGACGACCAGAGAUAAGGAGUUCUGAUAUUAAGGAUGAGCUAAUGCACAGGUACAAGAUCUCAGUUUCAAUCUUCAAGUGCCGAAAAGCAAGGAGAAUUGCAUUGGAUAUGGUUUUGGAGACUCAGAAAGAACAGUUUACUAAGUUGUGGGACUAUGAAGCUGAGUUUUUAGGUCUAAUGAGGGAGUUAGGACCGAGAUUACCUUUGAUAGGGCUUGAUAGUGCUUUCUUAAAAUGGGAGUUGAAGGGAGAGAUACUAGCUGCUGUUGGUAGGGAUGUAGAAAAUAGGAUUUAUCCUAUAGCUUGGGCAGUCGUUAGAGGGGAGAACAAGGAUUCUUGGGAAUGGUUCAUUAAGAAGUUGAAGGCUGAUUUAGAUUUGGGUGUAGGAGAUGGAGUUACAUUCAUAUCUGAUAGGCAAAAGCGUCUAAAAGUAGCUCUUGCUACUGUUUUUUCAAAUGCUGAGCAUAGAAAUUGUGCAAAACAUGUUUACAGGAACUGGAAAAAGAAAUAUGGCAAUGUUGAUUACAAGCCAUUUUUCUGGAAUGUGGCAUACAGCAAAAUAGUGGGAGAGUAG